UCCCUACAGAGCUGCCCCUCCCAGCUAUCAGGCUCAGAAGAAAAAUGGCCUGUAACCCACGAAGAUCACCCAGAGGGCGGAAUAAUCCAUCGCAUGCCAGGGAACAUUUCCUGCAGAUGGUGGAGGCCAGUGAGUCCCUCCAGGCCCACCACACGUGCCCUCAGUGUGAGUUCUUCCUCCCGGAUGAGCCCUGGGAAUGGCCUGGCUUCACCCGACAAGCCUACCACCAGCUGGCCCUGAAGAGACCACCCUGCACAGACAUGAAGUCCAAGGUACCGACACAUCUCAACUGGUGGGAGGUUUGAACCCCUGGGCCUCCAGCUCCUGCCCAACCCACUUCCCAGCGAUUCUGCCAGGAGCUGGCCGUGCCCCAACCCUCUGCCUCAUUACCAGGAGAAGGCGCUAAAGCUGGCCUUGCUGCCCAGUGCACCCCUGGGCCAGGACCUCGUGAGCAACUACCAAACCCUGAUAGUGGAUAGGGCUGCCUUGCCCCUCCACCAUCUCUCCAAGGCACAAGCCUUAGCGAGGAAGAGAAAGAGAAGAACUGGACACACCUAGAAAAGCUUCCGGGUGAGCGGAGACCAUGGUGGGCAGACAGACUCCCAGGCGCCAGUGUUCUCAACCAACGUGUCUUUAGCAAGAAGCCUUUGGGGUGUCUGAAGGACUCUGGCUUCUGCAGAACAUAGCCUCUCCACCAUCCCCCCAACUUCAAGCCACCUCUGUAGCCCAGGCUCCUCAAGAAUCUACUGAAACCUUAAAUUGUUAUCUGUCCUCCUUGGAGGACUCUCUCAUAGCAGGUGGGAAGACUGAGGGGUGGGUAGAGCAGAGAGAGCAGAAGGGGGAUCCAGUUCCUAGGAACAGAACGGGGAGUGGGGAGGAAGACCGUGUGUGUGUGUGUGUGUGUGUGUGUGUGUGUGUGUGUGUGUGUGAGUGGGGGAAGAGGCGCUGUAAGAAAUGUAGUCAGAAGUUACCUCUAGGGCCUGCCGAGUGGCUCAGUUGGUUAAGAGUUAGCUUAAGAGUGUGAGCUC